AUGGAGGUUGCUCUUUUAGUUCUUGCAAACCAAGAGCCCGCAAUACAGGAAAUAAUUAAGCUUUUGGACUGGCGCGUGGAUGAGGACGAAUACAUCAUGGUCCUAGAGCGGCCCAUGCCCUCUGAAGAGCUGCUCUCCUUUCUCCUGCGCCAAGAGUCGAUCAUCGAUGAGGAUGGGGCACGGUUGAUCAUGUGGCAGGUAAUAUUUGCAGCUCAAACGUGCUGCAGACGCAAAGUCUUUCAUCGCGAUAUCAAGAUGGAGAACAUCCUGAUCAACCCGGACACCCUCGAAAUCAAAUUGAUCGACUUUGGAUGCGGGGAAAUCCUCACCGAUGCUCCUUACACAAGUUUUGCUGGCACAGAUGACUAUGUCCCACCUGAGUAUCGGAUAACUGGCGAGUACCACGGUAAAACAACGACAGUGUGGUCUCUUGGGCUACUCCUUUAUGUGAUGAUGUGUGGAGAUUUUCCAAAUCGACACGACCUGCAAAUGAUCAGACGUAACAUCUGGACCAAAGAUCACUUGACAAAAGAAUGCUGUGAUUUGAUCCGCUGCUGUCUCCAGAUCGAGCCAGAGCAGCGAAUUGAACUUGAGAAACUGAGUCUCCAUGACUGGUUUAGGCCUGAAGACGUGGAAAGACCUGCACCCGAGAACCGCAUCGUCCAUCAGCAGUCAGAGGAUCCCUCAUUUUUUAAUAUUCCCUUCUUUUUACUUGUUAGUUUUUUCUUUAGACAUUAUUGUAUAUUUUAGUAUGACUGAUGAUAGUAGUUAAAAAAAACAUAAACACUAAAAAAAGGAAGUUGUAGCCAGCCAUGACAGCAACCCUGUGCCACCUCAAGACCAGAAAUCUUCAAGACCCCAGACUCAGGGACCGACUGAUUCAUCAGCUGUUACGGCAUCCCCAUUUUCUAUUGUAUUUUUUAUUAAUUUAUUUUAUCAAUAAAUAUUUUGUUAUUUUGUGGAAAUACUAAUAGUAGUUGUGCAAUAAAAAAUAAAAACAUUGUUCGGCGACCAUGUAAGCAACCCAGUGCCGAAUGAAGAAAUGCUAUGUGAAACACACCAUAGUGAUGUGCAGAGCUCUCAACCACUGCAAGACGAAUGCACAAUAUGCACAUCAACCAUGUACAUGGUACAUGCUGAACUGUACAUACAAAUUACCGACAUUUUUUAAAUAUAAAGUGAACAGGAAGUGUUUGUGGAACAACAGUGUUGCAACGGAACAUAAAAGAUCUUUGCCAGGGAACGCAAAACUAUUGCGAGGGAAAACAAAACCCUGGGAGGUAACGCAAAAACUUAAAAAUAGAUAUUUACCUCAUUUUCCUCCCACUGAGUUUUUUUUUCCCACCAUCAUGUCCCUUCUGGGUCUCAGUAAAAUAGAAGGUACCAAACUGUAUGUUUAAUGUUCACUGUAAUGUGAUGUUUACUGUUGUAUUGUAUGUACAUUUUCUUUUUGUUCAAUAAAAAAUAUUGCACUCAGAAA